AAGACAGCAGGUGGUUUUUCAGUCUGUGCAACAGACUUUGUAUUUCUGAAAGGAAGGCAGUAACAGGUGGGGAGAAUUCACGUUUGUGGAUAGACUUAUAGCCUUUGAAUAUACAGCCAUCAAAAUAUAGUCUAUUACUAUUAAAUGUUCAUGUGUAGGAAAAAACAACUACAUCAUAGCGCAGACGUAUAAGGCUCAUUUAUGAAUCGGAAAAUAAGGGUUAAGCCACUUUAUAUGACAUUUCUACAAAAAAGGUCUCAGACGUCGGACGACUGGAGGAAACAUUACGUGCGCGUUCACGACCUAAAUGUAGACCGUUGCGUCCUGCGCUCUCUCUGACGUCACCACCCUCUGAUCAUCUGAAAUCCCUGAUAAAGCGCUGCGCGCUCCCGCUCGGCUGUGAAUGGGGGCUCAGUCCAGCUUCUGACAGCUCGUCCAGUAGUAUCAUCGUAGCUGCCACGGUCCACUCAUCUUGUCAGGUCCGCUGUUGUCAGACACACCGGUAGUCAACGGCCCUGCUCCUCCGGUAGUACACAUUUAUUCAGGUCGUCUGGUAGUGCACUGACAGUUCAACUAGUUAGGUUAGACUACUGACUCUUCUCUUCUUAGCCCGGCAAGUUAGUGUACUGACGGGAGGAGCUGUAUCUCUGUGUGUCCAGGAAUGAGAAAUGAUGGCCGGCUCUGCAGCAGAGGAGAAAACCUUCCGACGGUUCCUGGAGCUCUUUCUUCGGGAGAUGAGAAUGCCUCUGCAGGAGAGCGACCCGCCGCCAAUGCGCCCCUUGUCGGACCUGGUGUCUGAGGACGAGGUGGAAGGGGAAUGUCUCGAUUUGUGUCUCCAACACCUGUACAAAUAUAACUGUCCAUGCUCCCUGGCUGCUGCCCUGGCCAGAGCCACAACAGACAGCAUCCUGCAGACUGACCUCUCCAUCCACCACCUCAAUAAGACUGUAGAAGAUGGAGCCGACCCAUUCCCACAGAUCGAGUCUGUGACAUUGGCCCGGCUGGUGUUUAAUAGACUCUUUGAGAUGUGCUGCCUCUGGCUGAAGGAGCUGCCCUUCCGCCGCCGUCCACAGCCAUACUACGAAACUUCCAUCCAUGCCAUUAAGAACAUGAGGCGCAAGAUGGAGGACAAGCACGUGAUCAUCCCUGACUUCAACACACUCUUUAACAUUCAGGAUCAGGAAGAACAGGCUUUCUUCGCUGUGUUUGAUGGUCAUGGGGGUGUGGACGCUGCCAUUUACGCUGCCAACCACCUCCACGUCAACUUAGUUCAUCAGGAAUCCUUCAGCCAGGACCCCGGUGAGGCGCUCUGCAGAGCCUUCAAACUCACUGAUGAGCGCUUUGUUAAGAAGGCCUCACGAGAGAACCUGCGCUGCGGUACAACAGGCGUGGUAACGUUCUUGCGGGGCCGGACGUUGCAUGUGGCCUGGCUGGGAGACUCCCAGGUUAUUCUGGUCAGGAGAGGACAGGUCGUGGAGCUGAUGAAAGCACAUAAACCAGACAGAGAGGAUGAGAAACAGAGGAUCGAGGCUCUGGGAGGCUGUGUGAUCUGGUUCGGCACAUGGAGGGUUAAUGGCAGUUUGUCUGUUUCCAGAGCAAUAGGGGACUCGGAGCACAAGCCCUACAUCUGUGGUGAUGCUGACUAUGGUAUCUUCCCACUGGACGGUUCAGAAGACUACCUGAUUCUCGCCUGUGAUGGCUUCUGGGACACAGUGAGUCCAGAAGAGGCGGUGCGGGUGGUCAGCGACCACCUCCAGGAGAAUACUGGAGACACCACUAUGGUAGCCCACAAGCUAGUGGCCUCAGCCCGUGAUGCUGGCUCUAGUGAUAAUAUCACUGUCAUAGUGGUCUUCUUGCGGGACCCACGCUCCCCACCACCCACCAACACCGAGGACGAGGAAGAGGGUGUGGCUGAGGGAGAGGGGGAGGAAGAGGAGGAGGCAGCGGAGGUGGAGGAGGAGGAACAGGAAGAGGAGGAGGAGGAAGACGAGGCAGUCAGGGUAGAGCGUGAUGGUGGUGACGGAGGCAGCACUGCGGACAUUGGGGGAAAGGGUCGUGGAGGCUGGCCCCUGCAGCAGUGCUCUGCCCCUGCUGACCUUAGCUAUGAAGACCGAACGGACUCGCUCACGGACAGAACUAGCCUCAGCCUGCUGGGGCCGUCGCUCGAAGGCCGCAUCUCCCUGACCCAGGGCUCACAGCAGCCCUGCUCCGACUUUAGCCCCAACCUCUUCACAGCCUACCACAUCUACCGAGAAGAACGCCCACUGAGGCGCAGGUCCUGUAUCCCCUUUCAGGAGCCCAGCAUCUCUAGCUUCACGGACCCACUGUGGCCCCAGACAGCCAUGCUGUUGGGCCAUGCAGUGAGGAGAAGCCGCAAGCUUGGUUACGGUAGUCGCAGAUGGAGCCGGAGGUGGCCAGGCCGAUCCAGGGAGCUGCUAGGCCUGUCACCAUCUGGCCACUUGCUGCCCUCCAUGCAGCGCUACUCCAACCGAAGGCCUGGAGUGGCGGUGCCACAAGACCGCCCACCCCCCUCUGCCUUCUACAACAUCUUUCUUUGA